AUGGCACAGGCAUUGCUGGUACCACCAGGACCUGACAGCUUCUGCUAUUUUACUAGAGAAUCUCUCGCAGCUAUUGAAAAGCGUGCUGCAGAAGAAAAAGCUAAAAAACCCAAACAAGAUCCUACAGACAACGAUGAUGAAGAUGGCCCAAAGCCAAAUAGUGACUUGGAAGCAGGAAAGACUCUGCCAUUUAUUUAUGGUGACAUACCUCCAGGAAUGGUGUCCGAGCCCUUGGAGGACCUGGACCCAUAUUAUAUCAAUAAAAAAACUUUCAUAGUACUGAAUAAAGGAAAGACAAUUUUCCGAUUCAGUGCCACAUCUGCCUUGUACAUUUUAACUCCUCUCAACCCCGUUAGAAAAAUUGCUAUUAAGAUUUUGGUACAUUCAUUGUUCAGCAUGCUUAUUAUGUGCACUAUUUUGACCAACUGUGUAUUUAUGACCAUGAGUAACCCUCCGGAGUGGACAAAGAAUGUAGAGUACACAUUCACUGGAAUUUAUACCUUUGAAUCGCUUAUAAAAAUUCUUGCAAGGGGCUUCUGUUUAGAAGGUUUUACUUUCCUUCGUGACCCAUGGAAUUGGCUUGACUUCAGUGUCAUUUUGAUGGCAUAUGUGACAGAGUUUGUGGACCUGGGCAAUGUCUCAGCGUUGAGAACAUUCAGAGUUCUCCGAGCAUUGAAAACAAUAUCAGUUAUUCCAGGCUUGAAGACUAUUGUAGGAGCCCUAAUUCAGUCUGUGAAGAAGCUCUCAGAUGUAAUGAUCCUGACUGUGUUUUGUCUGAGUGUAUUUGCACUAAUAGGGCUGCAGCUGUUCAUGGGCAACUUGAGGCAUAAAUGCUUGCAGUGGCCUCCAGACAAUUCCACUUUUGAAGUAAACAUUACUUCCUACUUGAAUAGCACAAUGGACGUAAAUGGUACCUUUGUUAAUACAACUGUGAGCACGUUUAACUGGAAGGAGUACAUUGAGGAUGAAACUCAUUUUUACGUUUUGGAAGGACAAAGAGAUGCCCUACUUUGUGGUAAUAGCUCUGAUGCAGGUCAAUGUCCAGAAGGAUAUAUAUGUGUGAAAGCUGGUAGAAACCCCAAUUAUGGCUACACGAGCUUUGACACAUUCAGCUGGGCAUUCUUGUCACUCUUUCGGCUGAUGACUCAGGACUUCUGGGAAAAUCUUUAUCAGUUGACGCUACGAGCUGCUGGCAAAACAUACAUGAUAUUUUUUGUUCUGGUGAUUUUUUUGGGCUCUUUCUAUCUGGUGAAUUUGAUCCUGGCUGUGGUUGCCAUGGCCUAUGAAGAACAGAAUCAAGCAACACUGGAAGAAGCAGAGCAGAAAGAGGCAGAAUUUCAGCAGAUGCUUGAACAGCUGAAAAAACAACAAGAAGAAGCUCAGGCAACAGCAGCAGUAGUAGCAGCGUCUGUUGCGUCAAGAGAUAUGAGUGGAGUAGGGGGACUAGGGGAGCUCUUGGAAAGUUCCUCAGAAGCAUCGAAGUUGAGCUCAAAGAGUGCUAAAGAAAGGAGAAACAGAAGGAAGAAAAGAAGACAGAAGGAACUGUCUGAAGCAGAAGACAAGGGAGAUGUUGAAAAGUUCCCCAAAUCUGAAUCAGAGGACAGUAUCAGAAGGAAAAGUUUCCGAUUCUCGAUGGAAGCGAGUCGACUGACAUAUGAAAAGAGGUUCACUUCCCCCCACCAGUCUUUGCUGAGUAUUCGUGGCUCCCUGUUUUCCCCAAGGCGCAACAGCAGAACGAGCAUUUUCAGCUUCAGAGGUCGAGCAAAAGAUAUAGGAUCAGAAAAUGACUUCGCUGAUGAUGAGCACAGCACUCUUGAAGACAACGAGAGCAGAAGAGAGUCUUUCUUUGCUCCAAACAGACAUGGUGAAAGACGCAACAGUAACAUUAGUGAAGCCAGUAUGUCAUCCAGGAUGGUACCAGCGCUUCCACCAAAUGGGAAGAUGCACAGCACUGUAGAUUGCAAUGGGGUGGUUUCUUUGGUUGGAGGACCUUCAGCUCUCACUUCGCCUACUGGACAACUUCUCCCAGAGGUGAUCAUAGACAAACCACUGACCAUAGUAACUUCACUGUCUACAGAAACAGAAAUAAGAAAAAGAAGAUUGAGUUCUUAUCAAAUUUCCAUGGAAAUGUUGGAAGAUUCUGCUGCAAGACAAAGAGCAAUGAGUAUAGCCAGCAUACUCACAAACACAAUGGAAGAACUUGAAGAAUCCAGACAAAAAUGUCCACCAUGCUGGUACAGAUUUGCAAACACUUUCUUGAUCUGGGACUGCUGGAGCCCAUGGUUAAAAGUAAAACAUAUAGUCAAUUUGGUUGUGAUGGAUCCAUUUGUUGAUCUUGCUAUUACUAUCUGCAUUGUUCUAAACACAUUGUUUAUGGCCAUGGAACACUACCCAAUGACAGAACAGUUCAGCAGUGUGCUUACUGUGGGAAACCUGGUAUUUACUGGGAUCUUCACAGCAGAAAUGGUUUUAAAGAUAAUUGCCAUGGAUCCUUAUUAUUAUUUCCAAGAAGGCUGGAAUAUUUUUGAUGGUAUUAUUGUCAGCCUUAGUUUAAUGGAACUUGGUCUUGCAAAUGUUGAAGGAUUAUCAGUUCUCCGCUCAUUCAGAUUGCUCCGAGUAUUUAAGUUGGCAAAAUCUUGGCCAACACUGAAUAUGCUGAUAAAGAUUAUUGGUAACUCAGUGGGGGCUUUGGGAAAUUUGACGUUGGUGCUGGCCAUCAUUGUCUUCAUUUUUGCUGUGGUUGGCAUGCAGCUGUUUGGUAAAAGCUACAAAGACUGUGUCUGCAAGAUUGCUACAGACUGCGUACUUCCACGCUGGCACAUGCAUGACUUUUUCCACUCUUUCUUGAUUGUAUUCCGAGUGCUGUGUGGAGAAUGGAUAGAGACUAUGUGGGACUGUAUGGAGGUUGCAGGCCAAGCCAUGUGCCUUAUUGUUUUCAUGCUGGUCAUGGUCAUUGGAAACCUUGUGGUAUUGAACCUGUUUCUGGCCUUGCUACUGAGCUCAUUUAGUUCAGAUAACCUUGCUGCUACAGAUGAUGAUAAUGAAACGAACAAUCUCCAGAUUGCCGUUGCAAGGAUUCAGAAGGGAAUAGAUUAUGUGAAAAAAAAAUUACGGGAAUUUGUCCAAAAAGCCUUUGUUAGAAAGCAAAAAGCAUUAGAGGAAAUCAAAGCACUUGAAGAUCUAAACAACAAGAAAGACAGCUGCAUUUCCAACCAUACUGUCGUUGAAAUAAGCAAAGAUCUUAAUUGUCUUAGAGAUGGGAAUGGAACGACCAGUGGUGUAGGAACAGGCAGCAGUGUGGAAAAAUAUGUAAUUGAUGAAAAUGAUUAUAUGUCAUUCAUAAACAAUCCGGGCCUUACUGUGACAGUACCUAUUGCUAUUGGAGAAUCAGAUUUUGAAAAUUUAAACACAGAAGAGUUUAGCAGUGAGUCGGAUAUGGAAGAAAGCAAAGAGAAGCUAAAUGCAUCCAGCUCAUCUGAAGGCAGCACAGUUGAUAUUGCCCCUCCUGGAGAGGGCGAACAAGCUGAGAUUGAACCUGAAGAAGCUCUUGAACCAAUAGCCUGUUUUACAGAAGGUUGUGUGCAGAAGUUCACAUGUUGUCAAGUAAGUAUAGAAGAUGGCAAAGGCAAAAACUGGUGGAAUCUUAGGAAAACCUGCUACAGCAUAGUUGAACACAACUGGUUUGAGACAUUCAUUGUCUUCAUGAUUCUUCUGAGCAGUGGCGCUCUGGCUUUUGAAGACAUAUAUAUAGAGCAGCGCAAGACUAUCAAGACCAUGCUGGAAUAUGCUGACAAGGUUUUCACUUACAUCUUCAUUCUGGAAAUGCUUCUGAAAUGGGUUGCCUAUGGUUUUCAAAUGUAUUUCACUAAUGCCUGGUGCUGGCUGGACUUCUUGAUUGUUGAUGUUUCGUUGGUUAGUCUAGUAGCCAAUGCCUUGGGCUAUUCCGAACUUGGUGCCAUUAAAUCGCUAAGGACACUAAGAGCUUUGAGACCUCUAAGAGCCUUGUCACGAUUUGAAGGGAUGCGGGUGGUUGUUAAUGCCCUGAUAGGAGCAAUUCCAUCCAUCAUGAAUGUGUUACUGGUUUGUCUGAUAUUCUGGCUAAUCUUCAGCAUCAUGGGAGUAAAUCUGUUUGCUGGCAAGUUCUACCACUGUGUUAACACAACAACUGGUGAGAUGUUUGAUAUCAGCGAUGUUGACAAUUAUACUCAGUGCGAGGACCUCAUAAAAAAGAAUGAAAGUGCCCGAUGGAAAAAUGUGAAAGUAAACUUCGAUAAUGUAGGCGCUGGGUAUCUUGCGCUGCUUCAAGUAGCUACAUUUAAAGGAUGGAUGGAUAUUAUGUAUGCAGCUGUUGAUUCACGAGAUCUACUAGAUCAGCCUAAGUAUGAGGACAACCUGUACAUGUAUCUUUACUUUGUCAUCUUUAUCAUCUUCGGAUCAUUCUUCACCCUGAACCUUUUCAUUGGUGUCAUCAUAGACAACUUCAAUCAACAAAAAAAGAAGUUUGGAGGUCAAGACAUAUUUAUGACAGAAGAACAGAAGAAAUACUACAAUGCAAUGAAAAAACUGGGGUCCAAGAAACCACAAAAACCUAUACCUAGGCCAGCGAACAAAUUCCAGGGCAUGGUCUUUGAUUUUGUAACAAAACAAGUAUUUGACAUCAGCAUCAUGAUUCUUAUCUGCCUUAACAUGGUCACCAUGAUGAUAGAAACAGAUGACCAGAGUGAUGAGAUGGAAACUAUUUUACACAGGAUAAACCUGGUAUUCAUUGUCCUUUUCACUGGAGAAUGUGUCCUGAAAUUGAUUUCACUCCGUUAUUACUACUUCACCAUAGGCUGGAACAUUUUUGAUUUUGUGGUUGUCAUUCUCUCCAUUGUGGGUAUGUUUCUAGCUAAGGUGAUUGAAAAAUAUUUUGUGUCCCCCACCUUGUUCAGAGUUAUCCGACUCGCCAGAAUCGGCCGAAUCCUACGUCUCAUUAAGGGAGCUAAAGGGAUCCGCACUCUGCUUUUUGCUUUGAUGAUGUCUCUUCCUGCUUUGUUUAACAUUGGUCUCCUGCUUUUCCUGGUCAUGUUUAUCUAUGCUAUAUUUGGAAUGUCCAACUUUGCCUACGUUAAGAGGGAAGUUGGGAUUGAUGACAUGUUCAACUUUGAAACUUUUGGCAACAGCAUGAUCUGCCUAUUUCAGAUUACCACGUCAGCUGGUUGGGAUGGUUUGUUAGCGCCAAUUCUUAACAGUGGAGAACCAGACUGUGACCCUUACAAAGAUCACCCAGGAAGCUCUGUUAAAGGAGACUGUGGUAACCCUUCAGUUGGGAUUUUCUUUUUUGUCAGUUAUAUUAUCAUCUCAUUUCUAGUUGUAGUAAACAUGUAUAUUGCUGUUAUUUUGGAGAACUUCAGUGUUGCUACAGAAGAAAGUGCCGAGCCCUUGAGUGAGGACGACUUUGAGAUGUUCUAUGAGGUUUGGGAAAAGUUUGAUCCAGACGCCACCCAGUUCAUAGAGUUCAGUAAACUGUCUGAUUUUGCAGCUUCACUGGAUCCUCCUCUUCUUUUAGCAAAACCAAACAAAGUUCAGCUCAUUGCAAUGGAUCUGCCCAUGGUGAGUGGUGACAGAAUUCACUGCCUUGACAUCUUGUUUGCUUUUACAAAGCGUGUUUUGGGGGACAGUGAUGAGAUGGAUGCACUUCGAAUACAGAUGGAAGACCGGUUUAUGGCAGCCAAUCCUUCUAAAGUCUCCUAUGAGCCAAUUACAACUACAUUAAAACGAAAACAAGAAGAGGUAUCUGCUACUGUUAUUCAGCGUGCUUACAGAUGUUACGUUUUAAAGCAAAAAGUUAAAAAAGUCUCCUGUAUGUAUAACAAAGAUAAAACCGAAGGGGAUGGCCUACCUGUCAAAGAUAUGAUUAUUGAUAAACUCAAUGAAAACUCCACUCCAGAAAAAACAUAUGAGAGCUCCUCUACAACCUCUCCACCUUCCUAUGAUAGUGUUACAAAGCCAGACAAAGAGAAAUAUGAAAAAGAUAAAAUAGAAAAAGACUAUAAAGGUAAAAAUGUUAGGGAAAGUAAAAAAUAA